AUGAAUCCGGCCGGCGCCGCUACCAAGCACACGCGCUUUUCUCUGUCGCCGGACGGCCGCUAUCUGGUGUACACCGCGUGCAAGAAGAACAGUGCGCGUGGCGUCCCAGAGUGGCCCUAUCCAGAGUGGCGACUGCUGAUUCAGGAUCUCGACAACGUCAAGCGUAUGCCUCUGACUUUUGUCACCAACGCCUACUACCCAGACGUUCCUCGAUACUACUUGACUCGUCUUGGCUUGGCAGCUCGAGAGAUCGUGCUGCACUGCGAGGAAGUGCUUCCGUCGUCGCAGCUUUGCUACCCAGAAGAGAACCGCCUGCAAAUUAAAGGCUCUUUUGAUAACUUCUGGGUGGUGACUGCGGACAUCACCUACUUCGAGGACGAUACCGAAGACGGGGAGCUGGAUCUUCGCGUUGUUUAUCCCACAGCCAUCCGUGCUCUGGCCUCAUAUGGCUGA